AUGGAAGAACAACUAACACAGAAAUGUGAAAACACCAAGCAAGGACUUUAUAAAGUUAUGGAUAUGUUUUGUGAAUCUUGCUUCAAAGAUGGUAUUGAGAAUGUUCCGGCUGUGGUUUUUUGUACAGAUUGUGUAACAUUCUUCUGCAAAACAUGCCUACGAUAUCAUACAAAAUUUCUUCCAGACCAUGUUCAACAAAUACAUGAUAUGCCGAAAGAUUACUGUCAGGAAAACUGCAAAAACCACAAGAGUGAGCUAAUAAAAUUCUAUUGCAAGAAGUGUGACAGCUUUGCUUGUACUACUUGUACUACAGAUAAUCACAAAGGAUGUGAAUCUUUGACCUAUGUUCCAACACUACUGAGUGAGUUUGAAGAGAGGUCAGAACAGGAAAACUUUGAAGAAAAGAUGCUUGCCCUUGAAGAAAAUCUACAAGAAUCAAAGUCAGUCAUUAAAAAUAGGUAUGACCGUAUGGAAAAUACAAAAUCAGAAACAAAAUCUAUUCUGAGGGAAUACAAAGAAACCAAUCAGAAAUUGUUUGACGAUCUAGAAAGAGAGGUAUAUUGUAAAAUUGACAAAAUUAGCUCUGAAGACAAAACCAAUCUUGCUAAGAAUAAUACAAAACUGGCGGAGUUGGAAAUAAAAUUUCAAGCAAUUAAAUCUGAAUAUGAAAAGAUUAAAAAGACCAGCCAAAGAUGUAAACUAUUUAUGAUGGUAAAAACUAGUAACAAAGAGAUUAAACACAUUCAAGAAAAAAUUGAAAAAUUGAACAAUGAAACCGAAAUACAUGAAAUAAAUUAUGAACCAGCAAAUAUCAUCAAAACCACCAAUAAUUUAGGGACACUUAAAAUCGAGAGGUCUGGACAAACUCAAAUUUCAGAGCAUUUUCCUGAAAAUAUGAAACAAACUGAAAGAAAACAAAAGACAAUAUAUAACACAGGUGCUUGGCUUAUGGCAAUAGUAACUGUUGUUAUACCUGUCAGUGCUGCAAUACUUUAUGGAAACUAUAUUUACGGUAGAACUGACCUAGAGCAUGUUAGUAAACUAAAGACCAGACGUGCAUCUGUUACUGAAGAGGAACCCAUACUUCUUUCAAAAGCUCAUAUAAAUACAAAAAUAAGAAAUACAGAUCUUAUCAAUUUGUCGAAAAUAUUUCAUUUAUACGGAAACUAUCUGGUUUCAAUAGAUAGGUCUAAUAAACUAUUACUGUUAAUUUCUACAGCUGAGAAAAAGAUUGUUUCAACAUUUGCGCUUAAAGCUGAACCACGUGAUGUAACAAAGGUAAACGAAAAUCAAGUUGCUGUCACAUUUGAUGGGCCAUUUAAAAUUAUGUUCGUGAAAAUAAACAACAUACGCCACAGCGGAACUGUUUCAUGGUCAGUUGUAAAAACGAUGGCCAGUAAGUCGUCUACUUAUCCUACAAGGUAUGUUGUUUAUUGUAAUGAAAAGUUCUUUAUCUCCUCAGGAAAUAAAAUAAUAAUUUUUGAUGUGAAUAGAAAUAAAUCGAAGACGAUAUUCCUUAAAGAGACAGACUAUGUUUAUGAUUUUGAGUAUCUUACAUUGGGAAAGAGAGCAGAAAGUUUAGACAUUAUUUCAUACCGUUUCAACAAUUCAUUGAAAUUUAUCCAUGUGGCUCCUGAUAAAGACUAUGAAACAUCUUACAUGCAUGAAGAUCUAACGACACCAACUGGAAUAGCAGCUGAUGACAAAGGAAAUGUGUAUGUGUGUGGGUACGAGUCUAAUAAUAUUCAUGUGCUUUUUGGAGACCUAACUAAAGGAAAAGUACUACUAAAUGAGUCUGAUGGAAUAGAAUUUCCCUGGACAAUAACAUUUAGUGAUGAGGAGAACAAGUUAUUCAUCUACUCAUUAUGGUCAGAUUUUAUAUCUGUCUUCAGAUUUGUGUGA